AUGUGGCUACAAAAAUGGUCCCCUAAUUUUAAACCUGAAGAAGAUCUCCCUGUUGCCCCAACGUGGGUAUUACUGCCGGGACUGCCUUUCCAUAUGCACACAUGGAACUAUGUUAAACAAAUUCUCAGCUCUGUCGGAACCCCUUUGGUUCUAGAUGCGGCUUCCUAUGGAAGAACUAGACCAAGUAUGUCCAAGAUUAGGGUGGAGGUUAAUCUCCUUAAGCCACUGCCGGAAAGUGUAUUCAUAAGCCAAGAAUAUGAUGAUUCACCACCAGAUGGUUACACUCAGAAAUUGGAAUACGAGGGCAUACCUAAGUAUUGUAAACAUUGUAGAAAACUGGGACACAAUGUGAUUGAAUGCAGGGCUUUAGAGAAGAAGAUUGCAACUAAUGCCGAGGAGGUGCAAGACAAAAGCAAGGAGCAUCAAACCAAGAACAAAGCAACUGGUAAAAAAGAAGACCACAACAACAAGAUAGAGAAAAUGAGACUCAUACUACGAAGAAUCAGAAACCAGCAGAGGGUGAACACACUCUAUAGACAAAAACUCAAAAUAUUGAGGAGGAAGAGGUAA